AGGCCGUAGACCCACCAAAGAGUCACACAGAAAACGACCGCCAAAAAAAAGCUUUUGUUAUCGAUCUUAAAUAUCACUUCACAUUCUUCUUUCCAUCCCAGAGUUUUCCCAUAUUUUACUUGAAGGAAAAAGAAGCUGAGAUUCUAAAGAUUGAGAAAACAAUGGAGCCUGGAGAUAGUGUGAUGUAAAGAGAGAAAGUGUGAGUUAUCCAAGGGAAUAUUUUGUUUGUUUGUUUGUUUUCUUAUUAAUGUUAUGGCAUGCCAGAGUUACAACGAGCUUUGCAUUGAAGGUGCUUGCUCAAUUUCCCAUUUCGGUUUUGCUUUCUUGUCUGUCCCUUAUAAAGACGGUUUCCAUAGUUGGCUGUUUUAAUUCUUCCUUGAAGAAAAAAAAGAAAAAAGAAAACGGCAAUGAAAAGUCUUGGGGUUCGUCUGUUCUUCUUGGUCUUUCUUGCUCCAAUCGCAUCUGUGACUGUGCAAGCUUUCACUGGAACAUAUGGUAUUAAUUAUGGAAGAAUAGCGAAUAACAUCCCUUCACCAGAUGAAGUUGUUACACUUCUUAGGGGAGCAAAGAUAAGGAAUGUUCGAAUUUAUGAUGCUGAUCCUAGUGUACUCAAAGCAUUUAGUGGAACAGGGCUGGAAAUUGUGGUUGGACUCCCAAAUGGAAAUCUGCAAGACAUGAGUGCCAAUGCAGAUCAUGCAAUGAAUUGGGUCAAGAACAAUGUGCUGGCAUAUCUUCCUGAUACACAUAUCCGUGGGAUCGCUGUAGGGAAUGAAGUCUUAGGAUCAAAUGAUGAAUUUUCAGGAUUUCUUCUGGGCGCAGUUAAGAAUGUUUACAAUGCAUUAAAUAUGCUUAAGUUAAGUGACGAAGUUCAGGUUACCACUGCACAUUCUCAAGCUGUUUUUGCUAAUUCCUUCCCUCCUUCUUCAUGUGUAUUCCGAGAUAAUGUUGUUCAGAACAUGAAGCCACUUUUAGAAUUUUUUUCACAAAUUGGCUCCCCUUUCUGUUUAAAUGCAUACCCGUUCCUAGCCUACAUGUCUGAUCCGGAGCAUAUUGAUAUUAAUUAUGCUCUCUUCUUACCAACGGAGGGAGCAAAUGACCCAAAAACUAAGUUGCAUUAUGAUAACCUGCUUGAUGCACAGAUCGAUGCAGCCUAUGCUGCAUUAGAAGAUGCCGGAUUUAAAAAGAUGGAAGUCAUAGUCACUGAGACUGGGUGGGCUUCAUAUGGAGAUGAAAAUGAAUCUGCAGCAACCAUAGAAAAUGCAAGGACAUAUAAUUACAAUUUGCGAAAAAGACUUGCAAAGAUGAAAGGAACUCCGAUGAGGCCAAAUAACGUGGUGAAGGCAUAUGUGUUUGCAAUCUUUAACGAAAAUCUGAAGCCUGGGCCAACUUCUGAGAGGAAUUUUGGACUGUUUAAACCCGAUGGGAGCAUUUCAUACGAUAUUGGAUUUCAUGGUCUUAAAUCUUCAUCCGCAGAUUCAUUACUUUUGCCUUUGAAGGAUAAUCGAGAUCAAGGUUGGUGUGGAUGCUGUUCCAUAAUAUUAACAAUGGCUACUGCAUUCCUGCUUGUGUUGUCAAGAUAGUGAUUGAAAUUGAGUGAGGCUUCAUUCAGUUGAUGUCAAGGCCAGCCCCCAUUAACUCUAUAGUUAUAGAUUUGUUGACGAUUCACUUGUCUUCAUACUUCAGAAAACAAACCAAUACACCUGAUUUUUGGAUCUUUAGU